AUGGCGCAAGUGAAUCAACCAGCCAAAUACGAUGAGGAUACAAGCAACAACGCUGACAUUGCCUUAAUCCAUCAGGGACAGAAAAGAAAGCGAGGACCAGGAGAAGAGGAGGUAGCUCGCAAGAGGAAAAAGACGUCUAAGGCUUCCAACGCCAGUGGGUCUACCUUACUAGUUGCCGAGUAUUCAUCAGCUGAGUUGUCACCUGCAGCUGAUGAAACCUCGUCUUCCGAGGAUUCUUCUUCCUCAGAAUCCAGUGAUGACUCUAGUGAUCCCAGUACAGACUUGUCGAGUGAAGAAGACUCCGACGGUGAAACGCCAGCUUCUGAAGAACCAACAACUAAAUGCUAUCUAAUACAGGUUUCUGCAAAGCACCUCACUCUAGCCUCUGCUGUCUUCGAGAGAGCCCUCAAAGGGGGAUGGAAAGAAGGGACCAGCCUGCUGGAGAAGGGGUCGGUGGAAAUAACAGCAGAUGGCUGGGACCUGGAAGCGUUUUUGAUCUUGAUGAAUAUUUUCCACGCUCGACCUCAAAAGGUACCCAAAGCUGUGAGUCUGGAAUUGCUGGCCAAAGUCACAGUCCUGGCGGACUACUACGAAUGUCAAGAAUCUGUCGAAUUCUUCGCCUCAAAGUGGUUCAAUCUUCCGGACGAUGAGCCUCUCCCGAAAGAUCACCGUGAUCUGAUGCUCAGCAUGUGGAUUACCUGGGUCUUCAAACGAUCAUCGGCAUUCAAAAGGCUAACGGCAGCUGUUAUCCGCCAUUCCAAGCACUCGGUGACAAGCCUUGGUCUGCCAAUUCCGAAAUGGCUGAUUGAUGAACUGAAUAGCCGCAGAGAAAGGGUGAUCGCCACCACACUUGCCUCUCUCAACGAACAGCGAGACGCCUUCUUGAGUGGAGCUCGCAGCGGAUGUUGCUUCAGAUGCAGUUCGAUGAUGUUUGGGCUGCUUUCCAAGCGUAUGCUUCUAAAUGAUAUACUUCCUCCGCACCCACCGGCUCCCUUCCCAAGAAUUUCCUACGACAAAUUGACGAGAACAAUGGGAUCGGUUCAAAGCCUAGAAUGGUGCAUUUUCAAAUCGAACCAUGGUCAAGAUAAUAGCCACAAGUGUUCGGCUGCAUCUAUUUCCUUCCCCUACGCUAAACAGGAGGCAACCGUCAAGGAUCUAGUCCCGGAAGAUCUGCAGGAAAACAAGAGACCGGACAGCCCUGUUGCACUCAGCACUGACGAAAAUGUGGGAUAA